AUGACGGCGAGUACACUUAGCCCCAAAGGGCGCAUCGGGCUGCCUCUGGCGUCGGCGUGGUGUAUCGUCUUUCUGCCGGCCUUGUCCUACUUUCUCGCAACGCGUAUUCUUCAACUCGGGGGCAGAAGCAGUGGGGUUCGUACAUCCUCGACCUUUCGACCCGACGAGUCUAUCACCGGCAAGAUUCUGCGUCUCCACGCGUCCGACGCGACUCACGCCUGUCGCGUUCUCGCACGAGACGUUUUGUUUGUCUCCAAGGAGUCGACCUCGUGUGCACCCCACACCGACACGGUGGCAUUGCAGUACGGACUGCAGACGGUACAAGAUUCCGGGUUGCAACAGGUCGUUGCGACCAUAUGGCGUCACGAUUCGGAACUCGGACGUGGCUACUUGUUGCUCAGUGACGCCGCCAAUAACGGUAGAAUUUGGCGCUGGGAAGUCGGAGGCGGUCCCAUUGCGAUUGGAAAAACGUUGCAUUUGGAUCACGCAGGUUGUCGGUCCGGCCAAUAUCGCCCGUGUUCCAACAGUACGGCGGCAGUGGCCGUGGGGGAACCCGUCGGUAGUGGAGGCAUGGCCAUAGAUUUUCGCUCGAAAGAACACGCGGCGGAAGGAUCAUUGGUCGUUGCCGAAUGGGGAGAAGGCCGUGUGGUUCGACUAGAACCACACACCGGUGCACGAACACCCUUGAUUAUUCAAGUUCCUGACGUUUGUGAGCUCGACGAUAACAAACUCGACAACAAUACCAACCACCACCAGACUACCAUUCGUUCCCUUGCGAACCGACGUAUCGAACAUCCAACUUCUCUAGUGUUUACCCCCUUUGGAGACUUGUUGGUCACGGAUUACGUCGCCGCGUGUCAAACAUCGGUUCUCAUCCAGCUAAAUCAUGCCGUACACGUCAAACCGCUGGAAUCGUUGCCGCAGAGUCGCGAGGCCCACUCCUGGUCUGCCGUGGCAGCCUCGGAUGGCCUGGCACCACCUCGGAUCAAGUACGCAACCGCCGGUCGUUUGGGAAACGUGGCGAUUGCUCCCGAUUGGACCUUCGCUUACGUACCCGCACACCACAACGACAGGGUGACCUUGCUCAAGUUUCAAUUAACCCCUCAAGACGAUGAUCACGAUACGGAUGAUCUCACGGAUAACCACGAAAAGCGAGAGGCGAAGGACCAACCACGCAUCGCGGGGGUUCGGACAGAGCCUGAAAUUGCUUUGGAUUUGACCCAACACGUGGUAUGGGCCAAUCAGGAACCAGGCCACAUUGCUGUCAGUCAAUCAGGAUAUAUCUUUUGGGCAAUCGGAACUAAUGUUCUGGUGGUAGACGUUGCCAACCAAUCGGUUUUGGCGUCCUUCGCCAUUCCAGACACCCCGACCUCCCUCACCCUUGGCGAAGACGGUUUUUUGUACAUUGCUACCAAACAGACUUUGCUAAGAAUCAAAACUCGUGCAAAACCUGUCAAAAUACCAGUCAAUCUGGUGGUGCGACCGAACAUGGCCUAACGCGCACGACAUUGCUUAAAAUCUGCGUGGCCUUUGCUAGACACGCGAUACAGCUCUCGAUAAAAUCAUGCAUGCUUUUUUCCCUACAAACAAUUAUGCGAGCUCUUAUGGAGAACACAAACUUGAUUUGGACCUCCACUAGACGUUCUAUAUGGUGGACGCAGCAUCGCGUAUGUCUCUUGAUCCAUCUAUUGACGAAUCGACGGCUCAUGCUUUGUUACUUUUCUUGUACUUGCAAUGUGUUUGCGUUGGAGGGAGAAAAGAAUGGAGCACGUAUCGAUUUUCUGGUGCUAUCUUAGGCUACUCUGCUCCGAUUUGCAGAGCUUUCGCAUUUUUGAGGAGAAUAAACGCGUAGAGAGAAGGCUUGCUUUACCC